GAAGUAGAAGGUGUUCCGAGCGACCCACACAAGCUAACUUUUGAGGGGCAUAGGGACAGUGUCCUUGCCGUAGCGUUCUCUCCUGAUGGGCGCACCUUAGCGAGUGGGAGUCGGGACAGGACGAUUCGGUUGUGGGAUACUAACACCGGCGAACACAAAUUGACACUUGAAGGGCAUACAGAUGGUGUCACUUGCCUAUCGUUCUCUCCUGAUGGUAGCACGUUAGCGAGUGGGAGUUGGGACGAUACGAUUCGGUUGUGGGACGCAAAAACAGGGCAACAUCUGCAGACCCUUGAGGAGCAUACGGAUGGUGUCCGUUCUGUAGUGUUCUCUCCCGAUGGGAGCACUUUAGCAAGCGGGGGGUAUGACAAUACGCUUCGGUUAUGGGAUACUGAAACCGGACAACACAAGCCGGUACUUGAAGGGCAUACGGAUUAUAUCCGUUCCGUAGUAUUCUCUCCCGAUGGGAGCACGUUAGCGAGUGGGAGUUAUGAUAGGACGCUUCGGUUGUGGGACACUGAAACCGGACAACACAAACUGACGCUUGAGGGACAUACGGAUGGGGUCCUUUCCGUAGCGUUUUCUCCCGAUGGUAGCACGUUAGCGAGUGGGAGUUAUGACAGGACGCUUCGGUUAUGGGACGCUGAAACCGGACAACACAAACUGACGCUUGAGGGACCUAUGGAUGAUGUCAAUUCCGUAGCGUUUUCUCCCGAUGGGAGCACGUUAGUGAGUGGGGGUUAUGUCGAUACGAUUCGGUUUUAUGACGAUACGCUUCGGUUGUGGGACGCAAAAACAGGGCAACACCUGCAGACGCUUAGAGGACACAGGCAUGCUGUCGCUUCCGUGGCCUUCUCCGGGGAUGGUAGCAUGCUGGCGAGUGGGAGUUAUGACGAUACGGUUCAGGUGUGGGAAUUGGCACCCGCCACGCCCACUGUCGAACUAUCUCAACCCGCCACGCCCGCCGCCGAACCUCCCCAACUCGAAGGCGAUCUCAACGCCGACGGUGUCGUCAAUAUCCAAGAUCUCGUCCUCGUUGCGUCGCAGUUCGGGCAAGCUGGACAGAAUGCAGCGGACAUCAAUGCAGAUGGUGUGGUCAACAUUCAAGACCUGGUCUUGGUGGCAGGGGCGUUCAAUGCUGCUGCGUCGGCACCCGCGGCACAUCCACAAGUCGUCGAGACGCUCACCGUCGGAGAGGUCCAGGGGUGGUUGCGCGGCGCGGAGCAACUUGAAUAUAAAGAUGCAACGAUGGCGAGAGGGAUUGAGGUGCUUAAAGACCUCUUGGCACUUCUGACGCCAGCAGAAACCGCCCUGUUGCACAACUACCCGAACCCGUUCAACCCGGAGACGUGGAUCCCGUACCAGUUAAAAACACCGGCAGCGGUUCGCAUCGCGGUUUACAAUUCGCGUGGCGUUCUGGUGCGUGAACUGUCGCUCGGGUAUCAGGUAGCGGGUCGGUAUACCUCGCGCGCUCGUGCAGCGUAUUGGGAUGGCCGGAAUACAGUCGGCGAACCGGUCGCCAGUGGUCUGUAUUUUUACACGCUUACCGCCGGGGAUUUCUCAGCGACGCGGCGGAUGGUGAUUUUGAAGUAA